CUAGUCAUAAUUAAGUUGAUUAUAGAGAGUUAAAACCCCAUUAUUGACACGAAGAAACUAGACGCCAACGAAUAAUGCCACGUGUCAUUAACUAGACACGUGUCCUAUGUCCAAAGCAAAGCAGUUAAGCAGUCAAUACUGUAUUCCAACCUCCUAUAAAAAGUUAGAUGCUACGUGGAUAUUGUGACAACAUUUUCGAAGAAGCUCUACCAUCGCAUGGUUUACUGUCACAAAGAGGAAAAAUGCAAUCCAGAUUAGCUCUCGCUGUCGCCAAAUUCAAUCGCACUCUGUUCCCGCAGCAGAGCGUACGCGGCUGCGCCACCACCUCCGGCAGAACGGCUGAUCCAGCUAUCCACGCCGUCGAGGAAGAAGAUGUGUAUCCUACGGAUGCGAUGCAAGACGAGAAGCGGCGGCGGCCGCCGAAGCACGACAACGAAACAUACACUCCUCCGAAGUCUCCGACAGAGACGGCGCCGAAGCUGGAGUCCGGCGGCGUGGGGCCCAUGCCCGACCCGUUCGGGCAGCAGAAGCGGCAGAGCUGGUGCGCGGGGAUCGACGGCAGCCCGUGGCCGGAGGAGGAUGGAGUGGACCGGAAAGCGCAGCGGGAGGAGCAGGAGAGGGACAACAAGGAGUAUUACGGGCACCACAAGGCAUCUCCGCUGUCGGAGAUUGAGGUUUGCGAUACGAGGAAGCCCGUGACUCAGGCCACGGAUGGGACGGCGCAGAGCGAGAGCGUUGGCUACGAUGGGAAUUUGGGGGAGAGGGUGUGGCGGCCGGAGCAGCUGGACACGGCGGAGGAGGCGCUACGGAGAGCGGCGGAGAUAUUUCGGAUGAAUGCGAUGAGAGGGGAUCCUGACUCUCCGCACGGCAGAGUUCUCCGGCAGCUUCGCGGCGAAGAUUGGUGACUUGGGAUCGAUGUCGUUUGCCACUUUUGUGAAAUAAAAUGUGAAACAUGUUAACAAUAAUAGUCUUUUUGAGAAAUUGAAAUUAUGACAAAAUGAGUAGUAAAAUGUUAGUACUAAUUCGAUCUGGGAUGUGUGCUUCGAAUUAUUAAAGUUUACUAUAUAUACA